AUGGCCAAGCGAAACGUUGGCUUUCAAGAAGUCCAAGAAACGGUCAAUCGACUUGCCGCCCAUCAAGGUGUUCUUGCCGUCAUGAUUCUCAAUAAAAGUGGCGAUAUUUUGACUCAAACUGGAAAAGGCAUGGUCGGAAAUCCCAAACUGCUCAAAAAAGCCGUGGAUGCGGCCUCGAUUUACAUCAAGUCCAUUCCCAAUGAGGAUGACAUUCCGGAAGAAGAAGAUGACGAGGAUACCACCCGCAAUUUGGCGUUUAUCAGAAUUCGAUCGCGCCGGGAAGAAAUAUUGAUCUCCCCCAAGAAUAAUUAUCUUCUAGUGGUGGUACAAGACCCAUCUCUGUCGCAACUGUAA